ACAGCGCAGAGCAAAGAGCUGGACAAAGUCGCCAGCACCUAAUCCAUUUUGCACCGAAAGAUUGGUCAGUUAGAGAUUUCACGUCUAUCGUUUCAACGUUAUUAUUUUUCUUCAUCAGAUAAUUUAUUUCAUUUCACAGAGAGCGAUGUAAAACAACGAGGUUGGUCAGCAUUUUGGCAGAUAUACAAUUGGAUCGAAUCCGGAACAAUGGCGAUAAGACUCAACCGGCUGUUCUAUUUCGUAUUCCUGACUUGCGUUUCAGAUCUAAUUUUCGCUCAAACGCAUUACGUGAUCCCAGAAGAAAUGGAGCGCGGUGCUUUUGUUGGGAAUAUCGCAGAGGAUUUAGGCCUAACCAUUGGAGAGAUGUCAUUUCGCAAAUUUCGGCUCGUCUCUGAAGACGGAAAGCAAUUAUUUAAGGUGAACAUAGGGAAUGGUAUUUUAGUUGUGAACGAGAGAAUCGACAGGGAAAUUCUCUGCGGACGAAGUGCAUCUUGUUCUGUUUCUCAGGAUAUAGCGGUAGAAAAUCCAUUGGAAAUGCAUCGUGUCGACGUGGAGAUAUUGGAUGUAAAUGAUAACUCGCCCAGAUUUCCUAAAAUGAAAUACGCUUUGCAAAUAUCUGAAUUAACUACAGCAGGAGCUCUUUUCCCACUGGAGAAAGCGCACGAUGCAGAUGUAGGUACAAAUGCGGUGAGUAAUUAUGAAAUCAGCACAAAUAAGCACUUUGGCCUGAAGACUCGGAUCAGAAGCGAUGGCAGUAAAAUUGCAGAGCUGGUGUUAGAAAACCCGUUAGACCGCGAGCAACACUCUAGUUUUCAAAUGAUACUGACGGCCGUUGACGGCGGGACUCCUCGUAGAUCUGGUACUGCAGAAAUAGUCAUCACUGUACUGGACGGAAAUGAUAAUGCCCCAAUAUUUGAUCAUCAGAUAUAUAGAAUUAACGCAUUGGAAAAUUUACCUAAAGGUACCUUGAUCAUGAGAAUAAAUGCUGUUGAUUUAGACCAGGGAACAAACGGUGAAGUAAAGUACUAUUUUAGCAAUCAUGUUUCUCGCAGUGUGAGUGAAUUGUUCAAUUUGAACCCCGUAACUGGACAGAUCAGAGUUGAAGGGCCACUGGACUAUGAAGAAGAGAAGGUUUACCAACUUGAUAUAGAAGCUGUGGACAAUGGUACGCCCGCAUUAAUUGGGCGCGCCGAGGUUCUUGUUGAAUUACUUGACGUUAAUGAUAACGCGCCGGAGUUAAAAAUAAACUCGCUACCCAUCGAGGUACGUGAAGAUGCUGCAAGAGGUACUGUGAUCGCUAUAAUAGAUGCAAUGGAUCGUGACUCAGGCGAAAAUGGACAAGUGCAAUGUCAGCUGCCACCAAAUAUCCCAUUUAAACUCCAAAAAUCUUCGAACAGGCAAUACAAUUUCGUAGUGAGUGACUCACUGAAUCGAGAAAUCUCUCCGUCCUAUAACGUUUCCAUUUCGGCCCGGGAUGCUGGGUCACCCUCUCUUUCCACAAAUAAAAUUAUCCACAUUUCAAUUUCUGAUAUAAAUGACAAUGCGCCGCAGUUUACACAGCCGUUAUAUAAUGUGUUCUUGAUGGAAAACAAUGCUCCAGGUGCAUCAAUAUUUGCUGUCACCGCUUUAGACCCGGACUUGGGCAAGAAUAGCGAGAUAUCGUAUUUCUUAUUGGACAGUUUCAUACCUGAAAGUUCUGCGUCUGGCCACUUUAGUGUUAACUCCGAAAGUGGGUGCAUUUACGCGCUAGGCUCUUUUGACUAUGAAGUGCAGAAAAAAAUUAAGAUCAAAGUUCAGGCUCGGGAUGAUGGAACUCCAUCGCUCACCAGCACUGCUCUCGUCAAUGUUAUUAUUUUGGACCAAAACGACAAUGCCCCAGUCAUUUUGUCACCUUCAAACAACAGUUCGAUUGUGAUUGCGUCAAAUUCGGCACUUCCCGGAUCCUUGGUGACCAAGGUAAUUGCUACAGACGCAGAUUCUGGACAGAAUGCACGACUUUCCUAUCAAAUCAUAGAAGCUACUGAUCACCGUAUUUUUAGUGUCGGAUUUACCUCUGGGGAAAUUAGAAUAACGCGAAAUUUUAGGGAGCAAGAUGCUCUCAGACAGACUCUCAUAGUUUUGGUCAAAGACAAUGGACAGCCGAGUCUCUCGAGCACAGUCUCAAUUCUGUUGUCAGGCCAAGGUAACAUUACCGAAAAUACCUUUGAACAAAAAAGACAACCGAAAAAUCCUGAAUUAUUUUCAGAUUUAAAUUUUCUAUUGAUCAUAAUUUUAAGCUCAACUUCCGGCAUAUUUCUCUUUAUAAUAGUUUUUCUGGUGGCUGUGAAAUGCAAACAAGAUAGGAAUACGUGCUGUUACACGUCCAGAAUCCGUUGUUACAGACAAAGGAAUUCAGCCGAUGCCUCUCAGUGCAGAGACGUCGGAAAAGCAAGUUUAAGUUAUCUAGAUUCUGCUCAAACUCUGCCUGUUCGUGCAUCAUACAAUUACACUGUCUGUCUCUCUCCCGAAUCCUCUAAGAGCGACUUUUUGUUCUUAAAACCGUGUGACCCGACAUUGCCUCUGGAUGAUAUUAAUAUUGGUGAUAUGGAGAAAUAACGCAAUAUGUCCAUGUGUAUGCAAUUAAUUUGAAGUUUAUACAUCUGUAUGCAUCCCCCACCCCUCAAAUCAAACUCUAUUCGAAUGUUUUCUCUGGAAUUCUUGCUCCACUUUUGUAUUAUCAGUUUCGGACGAUAACGUUGGAAAUGCGAUGUCUCGAAUGCUGUUUUGUGAUUUCUGUCAACAUUAGAAUAAAAACUGAGGUAUUUUAAAAAAUAAUCUGUUCAGUUUAAGUUCAGAAACCUGUGUUAACAAUUGAAUCGCAACAAACACAGCCCUUCUAUGGAACCUUUUAUUUUCAGUUUGUGUAUUGUAGUUUGGUAACUGCUUGUCACGAAAAGAAUUACACUGUUUUUGCAAAAUAUCCUAGGUGUAGAAACAUUUUCAGUUAUUUAAAUUACAUAAACAUCAGGGAUGUGUGGAUUAGAUGUGUUAUAGGGGAUGGUUCUGGGUGGGAUGUUCUGAGGAUUGGUGUGGACUUGUUGGUCGGAAGGCCCUGCUUCCACACAGUAGGGACUCUGAUGAUGAUGAUGAUGAUGAUGAUGAUGAUGAUACAUGGGUGAUAAUAUAAAGUUCUAAUUAACUUUAUGGAAUAUUCGAACAAGGAGCAGCGGUGUGCUAUUCAGCCCCUCGUGCCUGACCCGACAUUCAAUUUCAUCAGAGUUGGCGAAAUUGCAGUAUGAACUCUCUAUUGCCUCCUAUCCACGAUAACAUUUCAUCAGUGGCUUCAGAAGAAACUUUUCACUUUUAUCAUCACAGAUCCUUCUCGCACAAUCUUUUCAGAAAGAUAUUCAAAGAAGACUCUCAAUGCUGUACUUAAUUGCUUGCUGUAAACCCAAUGUAAAUCUUUGAGAAGAAUGCACAGUACACGUAUCAACACCUACUCCUCAGAUCGCUGUAGUAUAUCAAUAUUUAGAUGAUAAACUUCUCUUUCCUUCAUUUUACCUUUUGAAAUAUAAAAUAUCACAUAAUUCCACAUUAAGCACGAGUUGACAACUCCUUGUCUAUUUAUCGAUUUGAACCCUGAUGUCCUGUCCACAGCUUAUUUUCCUGUCGAGUUUAAUGUUACCAGCUAAUUUAGCAAAGAUACCUUGCAUUUCUUGGUCUGUGUUUUGCAAAUUGCAGAACGUUGAGGCACCUGCACUGAUCCGUUUGGUACACCACUUAUUCUACCUUGCAAUGCGCGUGAGCAUUACAUAAGCAAAAGACUUUCUUCUUCGUUAGUUCGCCAAUCCAUUAUCCAUGCCAAUGUGUUACUUCCUGAACCAUGUGGCUUAUUUUUCUGCAUUAAUAUUUGAUGUGUUACUUGAUCAAAUGCCUUUUGGUAGAAAAAAAUACAUUGCGUCAAAUUUGUCCUAAAAUAGACUCAAGUACAGCUGCUUAAGUGCUGUUAGCAGACUUUUGUGUGGAACUCUCACGUUAAUUUUGAUCUGUCUAUUGCAUCUUCUCUGUGGCUGUGACACUGUACUCUGCACUCUGGUCUCCUACCCUGAUGCAUUUUGUAAGGUGCGAUCUGCCUGAAUAACAUGUAAAAAACAGUACUUUUCACUAUCUCCGUGCAUGCGACAGUGGUUAAUCAAUCAAUCCCGUCUAUCCAGAGCAAAAUUACUUCCUCAGAGACAUCUAAUAACCUGUUUUACCAAGAUUUCUCCUUCAUAACGCCAUUUUGAUUUAUUUCCUGAUUACUUUGAUUUUGAAGUUGUCUUUCGAUGUGUGUAAUGAUGCAUGAAUACUAACUGCAAGAACCUUCCCUACCACAGAUGUUCACUAGCUGAUAUAUAUAGAUGGCUGUCUUCUGUCUCCCUUCAUUUUGAACAUAACUAUUUUCCGACCUUACUGAAUCUGAAUGUGGACAAUAUAUAGAAAUUCAAACCCAGACGUUAUCUCACAAGAGACUUCUUUAUGAGUCUAUUUCACGAGCUUUUGGUUCAAAGAUGUGAAAGAUCAUGUCUAACUGAAGUGAACUGUCCUUGCUUUUAUUUCUAGUUCCUUCACUACAAUCAAUAAUUUAUUUUGCCCUGUUAACUGCAUUUGCCAGCUAACUCAAUAUCGUAUAACACUUUCAAAAGCUCACAUCGAACUCUCUGUUCACUUAUGUUCGGUAACUUCACUCAAAUUUUCCACUGAUUCUCCAUUCUUCCUGUAAAGUUGACGUUCCCAUGUUAUCCUACAUUGUGCCAUUCUGCUACUUUUAUUUUUGCUUGUUCGUUUCAUUUCUGUAUGGUCCUUUGCAGACUUUAUGCUUUAUCUUGUCACAGACAUUCUUACUUUUUCCAGGGCCUUAGGCAAAUUUACCUAUGCUCAUUCAAAUGCCAAAAUCCAUUUUUUUGCUAUAGAUUGUAAGUAUUAUAUACAGCUAGACAAUCUGAAAACGCUAUUUAUCUCUGUAUCAUGCUGACAAAUCAAUCUUUUAGCCUAGACUUGAAUGAAGAGAUAAAUACGAAGAAUAAUAGAGGGAUACAGAUUCUGUAAGUAAAGAUAUUUUUAGUAUGGAAGGGCAAAGGUAUCGCGCAGGUUUGGCAGCUGAAGGGCCUGUUCCGGUGCUGUAUUUAGUUUUAUCUUUGCUCUUUCUAUCCAAUUUAACACUCGCUUAACUUUUGUGUAGUAAACUGUUUUCAACAAUUCUAUUGCAGCGCUAAUUUCCAAGGAGUUGUGACUCUUACAGAUUUGAAAGAAUUUUUGUGCAUUACAACCAUAGUAAAAAGGUUUGUAACGUGCAUUAUUAUCAUUAUUGAACCAGAAUAAGUUUAAAAGAGACCCAGAUUGAUAUUGGUCAUUCACUUUAAGUUUGAAAAAUGCUGUCUGCAAAUAUUCUGCGACAGUGAGCUAUAUUAUAUUUUGCUCAGAGGGCGAGUACUUGUGGACCUCUACAGAGUUAACUAAAAGAUGGGUGGACAUUUCAAUUUAUAGCAGUCAAUGUUAACACAUGAAGGCUGCAAGCUAUGUUUACUGGUCGCUUCAAAGGAGUUCUGGAUGGAGUUCAUGAGAAGACUUUUCAACGAGGUGUUAAAAAACAGCACAGCUCAUUUCAGAAAUAAGUUUGGGAAUCCUCUCGCACUCCAGGGUAGUUGAGGGGAAAGCCAGCUAACUCAACAGAACCGGUUAGUUUGUAAAGCUUCCAGACAAGGUUAGAUUGGGUAGAAACUGGCGAUUAUUAGAAUUAUGAAAGUUUAGGCACUCAUAUUUCUGAGUUCUUCAUGUCAGCAUUCUCAGAAAGAAAUUAAUGAAUGGUGUCCACGGUCCACUGAAGUGAUGUCAUAACUAAACAGUUGAGGUGGUUUGUAGUUCUCUGGAUUUAAAUAUCUCUAGCGGUUGACGCUGGAACUUGGAUUGAAUUGUUUUUGAAGUUUCUGUUCUAAUUUUUGCAAAUAAUACAAUGAACAUAUA